GGGUGAAGAAGAGAACCAAAGUCAUCAAGAACAGUGUGAACCCCGUGUGGAAUGAGGGCUUUGAGUGGGACCUCAAAGGUAUUCCUCUAGACCAGGGCUCAGAACUUCAUGUGGUGGUCAAGGACCAUGAGACAAUGGGGAGAAAUAGGUUCCUUGGGGAAGCCAAGAUCCCACUCCAGGAAGUCCUUGCUACUCCCAGUCUGUCUGCCAGCUUCAACGCACCUCUGCUGGACACCAAGCAGCAACCCACCGGGGCCUCGCUGGUCUUGCAGGUGUCUUACACACCACCCCCAGGUGCUGUGCCCUUGUUCCCACCACCUGCUUCUCUGGCACCCUCUCCGACACUCCCUGACAUGGACUUGGUGGCUGGUGGGGGACAGAGCCGGGCUGAGACUUGGUCCCUGCUCAGUGACAGCACCAUGGACACAAGAUACUCUGGGAAGAAGUGGCCAGCUCCCACCGACACAGGAGGGGAGGAAGACACUGAGGACCAGGGGCUGACUGGAGAUGAAGCUGAGCCGUUCCUGGAUCAGAGUGGUGCUAUCAGAGUUCAAGUGAUAGAAGGGCGUCAGCUGCCAGGGGUGAACAUCAAGCCUGUGGUCAAGGUCACAGCUGCUGGGCAGACCAAGCGGACUCGAAUCCAGAAGGGAAACAGCCCAGUCUUCAAUGAGACUCUUUUUUUCAACGUAUUUGACUCUCCCUCGGAGCUGUUUGAUGAGCCUAUCUUCAUCACGAUGGAUGUGGGCACCGUAUACAGAGAACCCCGACACGCUUAUCUCCGCAAGUGGCUGCUGCUCUCCGACCCUGAUGACUUCUCUGCAGGGGCCAGAGGCUACCUCAAAGCCAGCUUGUGUGUGCUAGGGCCUGGAGAUGAAGCUCCUCUGGAGAGGAAAGAUCCUUCUGAAGACAAGGAGGACAUUGAAGGCAACCUGCUUAGGCCCACUGGUGUGGCCCUUCGAGGAGCCCACUUCUGCCUGAAGCUCUUCCGGGCUGAGGAUUUACCCCAGAUGGACGAUGCCGUGAUGGACAACGUCAAGCAGAUCUUUGGCUUUGACAGUAACAAGAAGAACUUGGUGGAUCCCUUUGUGGAAGUCAGCUUUGCUGGGAAAAUGCUCUGCAGCAAGAUCCUGGAGAAGACAGCCAACCCUCAGUGGAACCAGAAUAUCACAUUGCCCGCGAUGUUUCCCUCUAUGUGUGAAAAAAUGAGGAUUCGUGUCAUGGACUGGGUUUCAGGGUCUGGCCAGGGAGGUCUUGUCCCUGGAAGGGCAGCUGUGACAUUAUCAAGAGAACAUCUCCCGGAAGUGGAUGACAACUUGGGCUUUCUUCCCACCUUUGGACCCUGCUAUGUGAACCUCUAUGGCAGCCCCCGGGAGUUCACGGGCUUCCCAGACCCAUAUGCAGAACUCAACACAGGGAAGGGAGAAGGUGUGGCUUACCGAGGCAGGCUUCUGCUGUCUCUGGAGACCAAACUGGUGGAGCACAGUGAGCAGAAGGUGGAAGACCUUCCGGCUGAUGAUAUCCUGCGUGUGGAGAAGUACCUCCGGAGGCGCAAAUAUUCCCUCUUUGCUGCCUUCUAUUCAGCCACAAUGCUGCAGGAUGUGGACGAUGCCAUCCAGUUCGAGGUCAGCAUUGGGAACUACGGAAACAAAUUCGACACCACCUGCCUGCCCCUGGCCUCCACCACCCAGUACAGCCGGGCAGUCUUUGAUGGGUGCCACUACUAUUACUUGCCUUGGGGCAAUGUGAAGCCAGUGGUGGUACUGUCCUCAUACUGGGAAGACAUCAGCCAUCGAAUUGAGACUCAAAAUCAGCUCCUCAGGAUUGCGGACCGGCUGGAAGCUAGCCUGGAGCAGAUCCACCUGGCUCUGAAGGCACAGUGUUCUUCCGAGGACAUGGACGCCCUGGUGGCUCAGCUGACAGAUGAGCUCCUUGCAGACUGCAGUCAGCCCCUGUGUGACAUCCAUGAAAUACCUUCUGCCACCCACCUUGAUCAGUAUCUGUUCCGGCUACGUACCUGUCACCUCAACCAGAUCAAAGAAGCUGCCCUGGCCUUGAAGCUUGGACACAGUGAGCUCCCUGCUGCCCUGGAGCAGGCUGAGGACUGGCUUCUGCGUCUCCGUGCCCUGGCUGAGGAGCCCCAGAACAGCCUGCCAGAUAUCAUCAUCUGGAUGCUGCAGGGCGAUAAGCGCGUGGCCUACCAACGGGUGCCAACCCAUGAAGUCCUCUUCUCCCGGCGGGGCCCCAGCUACUGCGGCAGGAACUGUGGGAAGCUGCAGACCAUCUUUCUGAAAUAUCCCAUGGAGGGCGUGCCUGGGACCCGAAUGCCUGUGCAGAUCCGGGUCAAGCUCUGGUUCGGGCUCUCUGUGGAUGAGAAAGAAUUCAAUCAGUUUGCCGAGGGGAAGCUCUCCGUCUUUGCCGAAACGUAUGAGAAUCAGACAAAGCUGGCACUGGUCGGGAACUGGGGCACAACAGGCCUCACCUACCCCAAGUUUUCUGACAUCACAGGCAAGAUCAAACUACCAAAGGAUAGCUUCCGCCCCUCCACCGGCUGGGCCUGGGCAGGGGACUGGUUCGUGUGUCCAGAGAAGACCCUGCUCCAUGAUGCUGAUGCUGGUCAUCUGAGCUUUGUGGAGGAGGUUUUUGAGAACCAGACCAGGUUACCCGGAGGCCAGUGGAUUUAUAUGAGUGAUAACUACACCGAUGUGAAUGGGGAGAAGGUGCUUCCGAAGGAUGAUAUUGAAUGCCCAUUGGGCUGGAAGUGGGAAGAUGAAGAAUGGUCCACAGACCUCAAUCGGGCUGUUGAUGAGCAAGGCUGGGAGUACAGCAUCACCAUUCCCCCAGACCGAAAGCCAAAACACUGGGUCCCUGCUGAGAAGAUGUAUUACACUCACAGACGUCGGCGCUGGGUCCGACUGCGCAGGAGGGACCUCAGCCAGAUGGAGGCACUGAAGAGGCACAGGCAAGCAGAGGCUGAAGGCGAGGGCUGGGAGUAUGCUUCUCUCUUUGGCUGGAAGUUUCACCUGGAGUACCGCAAGACAGAUGCUUUCCGCCGUCGCCGCUGGCGCCGCCGCAUGGAGCCACUGGAGAAGACCGGGCCUGCAGCUGUGUUUGCCCUCGAGGGGGCCCUGGGCGGCAUGGUGGAUGACAGGAGCGAAGAUUCCAUGUCCGUUUCUACCCUGAGCUUUGGCGUCAACAGACCCACAAUCUCCUGCAUCUUUGACUAUGGGAACCGCUACCAUCUGCGUUGCUACCUGUAUCAGGCCCGAGACCUGCCGGCCAUGGACAAAGACUCCUUCUCAGAUCCCUAUGCCAUUGUCUCCUUCCUGCAUCAGAGCCAGAAGACGGUAGUGGAGAAGAAUACCCUGAACCCCACCUGGGAUCAAACCCUCAUUUUCUAUGAGAUUGAGAUCUUUGGUGAGCCAGCCAGUGUCGCCGAGCAGCCACCCAGCAUUGUGGUGGAGCUGUAUGACCACGACACUUAUGGUGCUGACGAGUUUAUGGGUCGCUGUAUCUGUCAGCCCAGCCUAGAACGGAUGCCCCGACUGGCCUGGUUCCCACUGACCAGAGGCGGCCAGCCUGCGGGUGAGCUGCUGGCAGCGUUUGAGCUGAUCCAGAGAGAGAAGCCAGCAAUCCACCAUAUUCCUGGCUUUGAGAUGCAUGAAACGUCAAGGAUACUGGAUGAGACGGAGGACACAGACUUGCCUUACCCACCACCCCAGAGGGAGGCCAACAUCUACAUGGUCCCUCAGAAUAUCAAGCCAGCCCUGCAGCGCACAGCCAUCGAGAUCCUGGCCUGGGGCCUGAGGAACAUGAAGAGCUAUCAGAUGGCCAGCAUCUCUUCCCCCAGCCUCGUGGUGGAGUGUGGUGGCCAGACAGUGCAGUCCUGUGUCAUCAGAAACCUUCGGAAGAACCCUAACUUUGAUGUCUGUACCCUGUUCAUGGAAGUGAUGUUGCCCAGAGAGGACCUCUAUUGCCCCCCUAUUGUGAUCAAGGUCAUUGAUAAUCGUCAGUUUGGCCGCCGGCCAGUAGUGGGCCAGUGCACCAUUCGCUCCCUGGAGAAAUUCCUGUGUGACCCAUACUCAGCAGAAAGUCCAUCCCCACAAGGUGGCCCAGAUGAUGUGAGCUUACUCAGCCCUGGGGAGGAUGUGCUUAUUGAUAUUGAUGACAAGGAGCCUCUCAUCCCUGUCCAGCUCGCAGAUGGGCUGUCAAGCUUGACCCCAACUAACCUGAGGUCUUCUCCGUCCAGUCCUCAUGAGGAGGAGUUCAUUGACUGGUGGAGCAAAUUUUUUGCCUCUAUUGGGGAGAGGGAAAAGUGUGGUUCCUACCUGGAGAAGGAUUUUGACACGCUGAAGGUCUAUGAUACACAGUUGGAGAAAGUGGAGGCUUUUGAGGGCCUGUCGGACUUUUGUAACACCUUCAAGCUCUACCGGGGCAAGACUCAAGAGGAGACAGAAGACCCAUCUGUCAUUGGAGAAUUUAAGGGUCUCUUCAAAAUUUAUCCCCUCCCAGAAGAUCCAGCCAUCCCUAUGCCCCCGAGACAAUUCCACCAACUGGCUGCCCAGGGUCCCCAGGAAUGCUUGGUCCGAAUUUACAUCAUCCGAGCAUUUGGCUUACAACCCAAGGACCCCAAUGGCAAGUGUGACCCUUACAUCAAGAUCUCCAUAGGGAAGAAGUCGGUGAAUGACCAGGAUAACUACAUCCCUUGCACCCUGGAGCCUGUAUUUGGAAAGAUGUUUGAGCUCACCUGCACCCUGCCUCUGGAGAAAGACCUGAAGAUCACACUCUAUGACUAUGACCUCCUCUCCAAGGACGAGAAGAUUGGGGAGACAGUCAUUGACCUGGAGAACAGGCUGCUGUCCAAGUUUGGAGCUCGCUGUGGGCUCCCACAGACCUACUGUGUCUCUGGACCAAACCAGUGGAGAGAUCAACUCCGCCCUUCACAACUCCUCCAGCUCUUCUGCCAGCAGCACAGGGUCAAGGCCCCUGUCUACAGGACAGACCGAGUGACAUUUCAGGAUAAGGAAUACACCAUUGAGGAGAUAGAGGCUGGAAGACUCCCAAACCCACACCUAGGCCCAGUAGAGGAACGCCUAGCCCUGCAUGUCCUUCAGCAACAAGGCCUAGUCCCUGAGCACGUGGAAUCCCGGCCUCUUUACAGCCCUCUGCAGCCAGACAUUGAGCAGGGGAAGUUACAGAUGUGGAUUGACCUAUUUCCAAAGGUUCUGGGCAGGCCUGGACCUCCUUUUAACAUCACCCCAAGGAAAGCUAGAAGGUUUUUCCUGCGUUGUAUUAUUUGGAACACAAAAGAUGUGAUCUUAGACGACCUCAGCCUCACGGGGGAGAAGAUGAGUGACAUCUAUGUGAAGGGCUGGAUGGUGGGGUUUGAAGAACACAAACAGAAGACAGACGUACACUACCGCUCCCUGGGUGGUGAGGGCAACUUCAACUGGAGGUUUGUGUUUCCUUUCGACUAUCUGCCUGCCGAGCAAGUCUGUGCUGUAGCCAAGAAGGAUGCCUUCUGGAGACUCGACAAGACAGAGAGCAAGAUCCCAGCACGCGUGGUCUUCCAGAUUUGGGACAAUGACAAGUUCUCCUUUGAUGACUUUUUGGGUUCCCUGCAACUGGAUCUCAACCACAUGCCCAAGCCAGCCAAGACGGCUGAGAAGUGUUCCUUGGACCAGCUGGAUGACACCUUCCACCCUGAAUGGUUUGUGUCCCUAUUUGAGCAGAAGACAGUGAAAGGAUGGUGGCCUUGUGUGACAGAGGAGGGUGAGAAGAAGAUGCUGGCGGGCAAGCUGGAAAUGACCUUGGAGAUCGUUGCAGAGAGUGAACAUGAGGAACGGCCCGCUGGCCAGGGUCGGGAUGAACCCAACAUGAAUCCGAAGCUAGAGGAACCAAGGCGCCCUGAUACCUCUUUCCUGUGGUUCACCUCCCCGUACAAGACCAUGAAGUUCAUCUUGUGGCGACGCUUCCGGUGUGCCAUCAUCCUCUUCAUCAUCCUCUUCAUCCUCCUGCUCUUCCUGGGCAUCUUUGUCUAUGCCUUCCCGAACUAUGCUGCCAUGAAGCUGGUGAAGCCCUUUAGCUGAAGACUCUACUUGGAGAAGGGGUCACAAGCUGCUUCCUGGCCCAGGACUGGCUGCUCCUCCUUUCCCAUGGGGCCUGGUGGUCUUGCACAUGCUCACUGAGUUCUUGGGAUUACCCUAUUUUCAUCAUUCUCCCCUACCCCCACUCUCUUUUGGAUGAACUCUUGGCUAUCUCCGUAUAAAGCAGACAGAACCACAGACUA